UUGAAAAAGAUAAAUAUGAGACAAUUACACAGUUGCAUUUUUUUUUUUAGCACAUUGGGAAAAACUAGAAUACAACAAAGAAACGUUGAAAAAGAUAAAUAUGAUAAAUAUCCUUCAACAGAUUCUACCGUGGAAAAGGAGUUGAGUGUGGACAAGUUAGAGAUCUCAAGAAGAUUGACACUACCGCGCGAAGAAGGGAACCAGAGCAAGAUUUUAGAAAGACUUGAUUCUGAUGCACAGAAGUUGACCAACCUUCAAAUCACCACACAAGAUUUGAUGAAGAAGAUAGAAAUUAAUGAGAAGAACGCAAAGGGAAAAGGUGGUGAGUGUGAUGAGGUGAAAAGGCAGCUUCAAGCAGCUCAGGAUACCAUCACAAAGUUGCUUGAUGUCAACCGCAAGUUGAUGAAGAAUGUGGAAGAGGGUUCCUUGUCUUCUGUUGGGAAGGGUGAAGCAGAGUCAGAUGGAAGUGGAAGUGUCAGCAGAAGUAGAGUUUCAGAACAGGCACGGAGAGAAUCAGAAAAAAUAGGACAGAUGGUCUUCAAGAGCCUUUGA